GUCCUGCUCCGAGCUCUGCUGUGCCUCUCGCUCCUGCUGCUCGGGCCUGGUGAUGGAGUCAUUGUAUUGUCUGUCCCUGAAGUGAUUUCCUUGGAAAGUGGAAGUUCAACAAACGUCACUAUCGCUCUGAGGGCUCCACUAAAUGAGACACUGGUGAUAACUCUGAACAUUACACACUCCUCAAAGCACAGCACCAUCGUUGAACUGCCUGAUGAAGUACAGUUCCCUGCAGGUCACACUCAAGCAAACUUCCAAGUGAAAGCAGAUGAUGUUGGACAAGUAACAGUUUAUCUUUAUACCCUUAAUUCCAACGCAACUGGACCUAGGAUUCGAUUUCAAGUGAUUCACAGCAUCAUAGUGAGAUACACUGAUGAGGUGAUUGGUUGGAUCUAUUUUGUGGCCUGGUCCAUCUCCUUUUAUCCUCAGCUCUUUGUGAACUGGAGGCGGAAAAGUGUUGUUGGACUAAGCUUUGACUUUCUGGCAUUAAACCUUACUGGCUUUAUAGCAUACAGUGUGUUUAAUAUUGGGCUCUUCUGGAUUCCCUUGAUUAAGGAGGAAUUCUUAGUCAGUUAUCCCAGUGGGGUGAACCCUGUGGCUAUCAAUGAUGUUUUCUUCAGUCUUCACGCAGUAGCUCUGACUCUCCUCACCAUCAUUCAGUGCUGCAUCUAUGAGAGAGCAGGUCAGAAAGUAUCCCAAGUGGUUGUUGGACUCCUGGCACUCGCAUGGAUCUUCACCUUUACUACACUGUUCCUUGCUGCAGCUGAGGAGAUGACAUGGCUGCAGUUCUUAUUCUGCUUCUCCUACAUUAAGUUAGCUGUCACACUGAUAAAGUAUUUCCCACAGGCAUACAUGAAUUUCCGCCGGAAGAGUACGGAGGGAUGGAGCAUUGGGAAUGUGUUACUGGACUUCACUGGUGGAAGCUUCAGCCUUCUCCAGAUGUUUCUGCAGUCAUACAACAAUGAUCAGUGGAAGUUAAUCUUUGGAGAUCCAACCAAGUUUGGCCUGGGUGUCUUCUCUAUCAUCUUUGAUAUUGUUUUUAUGGUGCAGCACUACUGCCUCUACAGCAGGAGAGAUUAUGAACCUUGUGAGUGACAAACAUCACUGGUGAAGACAAAACCUUCCAACUGAACCUGCCCCU